UUCAAAUGUAAUUAUAUGACAAGGCCAUAGUCUUUGAAUGUAAUGGAUUUGGGGCAUAUUUCCCAGUUUGAGAACAAGAAUUUUAAAAAAUAUGAGCAGUAUAUUAUCCCACCAUGCUUCUUGGCUGCCGGCUCAGAAUUGGAACAAUAGCAAUCACUUUUAAAAUGUGAAUCUUGGAUACCAGGUUUUUCCACCAUGGGUUCUGGAAGGCUCUGUUAAAUGAGCACAUGUUCAGCAGGUUCUGCCAAAUAGCAAUGUUUCACUUUGGCCCUCAAGGGCAUCCCUGUGUCCAUCAUUCAUGGGAAAACCUUUGCUGAUUGUUCAGUCUCAUAAGAAGAAUAGCCACUGGGUGCGUUAUAGCAGCUAUGUAUGGAAUGGUUUCAAUCUGCGUCAGUAGAGGAACUGCCUGCGUCAAUGAAAUCACAGAUAUGCAAGGUAUCUUGAACUCAUUUUUCCUGUCAGUUUCAUCCAAAUUGGUGGCCUCUCAACUCAAACAUGUUUUUACCUACAAAUGUCCAUAAUAUGAUAUAUCAAUUAACAUUUUAAAGUUCCAUGGCAUUACUUUUACUUCAGAGUGUGAGAAUGGCAAGGUUGGUAGGUAACUAACUGCCUUAGCUAGUUGUUGCCACCGUCCUCAAAGAGUGAGAAUAUUUGAAUCAGAUGGCUGUUAUUAAUCCCCAAAGGAAUCUUAUAACACAUUUUACAUAUAAGACUUUUUAUGACACUAACUACAAUCGCUUUAGUGGAUAUGUACCAAGUUAAGCACUUUUUAUGUGGCAGCUCUCUUCAGUAGUGUAACUAUGUCCAUUUGCAGUCCGUAGUCCCACAAUCAUAUUUCCGUGCAUCUUUGUAACCUCACCUUCCUGCACUACAUUUCUCUAUUUUAAUGCAGUUAUGCAAUUUCAUCAUCAUGGGAAAAGGCAAGUGUGUGUGUAUGUGUAUUAAGGCAAACAAGCUAGGAAUAAUGAGAGGAGAGAGGAGUAGAGUCCCUUAAUGUCACAUUACUGCUGGCACCGAAGCCGAAUGGACUUACCGCAUUAAGGUAUGUGAUGGAAAUGUAGCAGGGGAGUUAUUGAUGUAUUUUAUUUGUCAUUUGCUAGGGAUGGGAAAACCAUGUGGGGGAAGUAAAUCAAUAGCAGGAUGCACACAGCAUCAUAUGAUAAAGACUGUCACAAAAAGUGAUGGUCUAGCUGUGAUCCUGACUUUGCUUGCCUUGUUUGAUAAAGUCUUAACUCAGAGGAAGAUGUCUGAAGCAUAAAUUUGUGUAGACCUAGACUACUUCUGCAGAUGCAUUCUCAAAGGUGUUGCAGGAGUCCUUUGUAUGCUGAUACAGACAUACAACUACAUCUUUGAAUAUGAAUCCCCCAAAAAUAUUUAAGUCCUGUAAACAAACCUUUUAGCACUGUCAGUGGCUCUGAUUAAAAUGAAAAAUACGUUGAUGCCUUAUGUUUUAGGGUGUGCCAAUUUAAUAAUGCAAGUAAAGAUUGCAUCUUCAUGUCUAGUGUUACAAAAAUGUACUGCUACAGUUGGUAGAUUUUCUUUUCAUCAGAAGGUGCCAGUGUUUAUAGCAUCAAAUUGCUACUUUCUUUUUUUUGCAUGCAGUGCAAGUCUCCUACAUACCUGGUGAAAAAAUCGUUGAACGUUCAGGCUACAUUGAAAUAAAACGGAGCUCUUUACUUCCUAACAGUAGUUCAAUUCUGCUCUGAAAACAACUUGGAAGUUACUUGUACAUGACAUUGAAUGUCAGUAUUGUAUAAAUUAUCCACUCUUGAUUUCAGAUUUAACCUUACAGUAAACCUUGACUCUUAGCCUAGUUAGCAAAAAGUUGUGUAAAUUAAAUGAGAUUAUUGAUAUUGAUAGAGCUGGAGAAAAUGUAGGGUAAUAUAAAAUUAAUGUAGCAUCCACAUGCUUAAUUGAUUAUUAAUUUUGAAAGGAUGGGCUUUGUUUUUUUUACAAAUUUGCUUUCAGGAGAACAGUUUGACUACAGUAAUACAACAUUACCCCUGACCUAUAGACUUUAUGGCUACAGCUCCAAAACAUAAUUCGUCCCAGAAGUAAUGAUGGGCCUCUUUAGAUCCUCCAGUGCAAUUCUGAUAUUUUUCCAGGCCAAGUAUGACAUAGAAUAACACUGGAGGGCCUAGAGAGACCUCCAGUGCUUGGUGGCAUCUCUUGGAAGUCCUUGGUGGCAUCACUAGGUUUUCCGAGUGCUAUUCUAUGGUAUAUUUGUGGCCCAAGUUUAGUAGAGGUACAGUUUUCACUAUUAUUCGCGAUUUCAGGUAUCCAAGGAACUGUGUGUGCGCUGGAAUAUAUCCUCAGUGGAUACAAGGACCAUACUGUAUUUGAUUUUGUCUCUUUCAAAGGGUGUAUUUGACAGUUUGCAGCAUGUGGCAGGUUACUAAUAUGGUCCAGCAACCCAUAUGAAAUUGACUACCUUGCUAAAAUGCAGGAAACAUAGUUUUGCUACCUAUCAUCAGGACUUUGGACUCUGGCUUCCCUUUAUUUCUUUGCUGCUAAUUUUGCAUAAUGUCGUAUGUGAAGGUUUAUAUAGUACUUUAAUUCCCACACCACACAGCACUGGGUUAGCAAGUUUGGGACUGCUAAGAAAGAUGGUAGAAUUCAGACAGUUUCCAGUGCCACUGCACCCCAUAUUUCUGCAUGCAAUAAACCACUGCAAGAUCCCUGUAAUGGAAACACUGAGACAUGGAGCUGGUAUGUUUUCACAUGGACCUAAUCCUAACUCCUGGUGCAGGCUGACUUGACUCCCUCUAAAACUCGGAGCCUCUUGGCCCAGUUUCUCCUGUGUAGCGAAGGAGUUGUUAGCGUUCGCUCCUUCCUCGGAGGUAACAGGAAGAUUUAAUUAGCUGUGUCUCUGGAGUGCGUUGAGCGCAUAAAAUGUUCCUGCUAAUAAAUUAUGUGCUGAUAUAAAAAUAGCACUUGCUGAGCUGGUUUGCUCUCACUCCAUAUCUAUUGGUUAUAGAGGAAUUAACCCUGUAAUGCAGCAGAACAUAUUUCAUGCUCUAGAUGGGGCAAAAGGGGGUUGUAACCAAGCGGUAUGGAAACUAUUUUGACCUUGGUGUAAAUCAUAUCAGGGCAGCAAUUGUAUGCUGUGUUACAGAAAAGGACUACCUUCUGGUGAAGCAGGUUGGAAUAUAAAAUUCAUUUCUUAGAAUAUACCCCUUGGGUACUUUGCUGGGCCAUGGCAAUUAGUUCUUUGCGGAGGAAAAUAUAAAUCCCUGCAGAACUACAAAGGAGAUUGUCAUUGCAGAGUCUUGUGGAGGCCUCUGUUGUUGAAGAUCAGAUUUGUGUUAUUUGUCUUUAACGGUGGCUGAGUUUAGAGAAAGAAUGACACCCCUCCUUAACCAUGAGUGGUAUGUUCCUGAAUUUACAGUGGAAACCGGAAACUAUGGAGAAUACAAACCCCAUUAAAUUGAACAUCUACCAGAUGUUACCAUAGUGUUGCUUUGGAGGACAUUGAAAAUUCUUGGGUAUCUAUCUUACAGAGAUGACGUGUGGCAGAAGCAUAGCACAGAAUUGUCUAGAGCAGUGUUUCAAACUCAGCUUCUCCAGGUGUUUUGAACUUCAGCUCCCAGAAAUUCCAGCCAGCUUACCAGCUGUUAGGAAUUGUGGGAGCUGAAAUCCAAAACAUCUGGAGGAACACAGUUGAAGAAACAUUGGUCUAGAAAACCUAGAAAAAUCCAAGAGGACAUUUUGUCAGAUGCAAGUAGAGGAAACAGUGAAUAUGGGCACAGGGAUCAUAGUUUAGCCCCACAGAAUUAUUAUUAUUAUUAUUAUUAUUAGUAGUAGUAGUAGUAGUAGUAGUAGUAGUUGAUACACAGCAAGAUUAGUACACAGCAAACAAGAUAACUAUGCUGGCUGUUGUAUUGGAUCACACGUUGGACACUUCCCAAGUGUCUAGGACUGUGUGAUGUAUCAGCAAAUAAUGCAUGUAGAUCCAAGUAAGGUGGGUGGCCUUUUGCAGCUGACAGGUGAUAAUUUUGUCAGUGCCGAUUGUGUUUAAGUGCCAGCCAAGUUCUUUAGGCACUGCACCUAGUGUGCCAAUCACCACUGGGACCAUCUUUACUGACUUGUGCCAGGGUCUCUGCAGUUCGAUCUUUAAAUCCUUGUGUUGUGUCAGCUUUUCCAGUUGCUUCUUGUCAAUCCUGCUGUCACCUGGGAUUGCAACAUCAACAAUCCAUAUCUCAUUUUUUCCCCAUGAUUGUGAGGUAGGAAUUGAUUUGGAAAUCCCAGAGUAGCUUGACAUGUUCAUGUUCAGUAACUUUUUCAGGCUUGUGAUCCCACCAGUUCUUUGUCACAGAACAGAACAGACUGCGGGAACUAUCGUGGUAUCUCCCUUCUAACCUCCGCUGGGAAAAUCCUCACAAGAAUCCUUGCAAACCGCCUUCUCCCUGUCUCAGAAGACACCCUCCCAGAAUCCCAGAAUGGCUUCCGUCCCUCCAGAGGAACAGUGGACAUGAUCUUCACUGAUCGACAGCUCCAAGAAAAAUGCAGGGAACAAAACCAACCUCUGUACAUGGCAUUCAUUGACCUUGCAAAGGCAUUCGACACAGUGAAUCACAGCGCUCUCUGGACCAUCUUUAAAUCUUUUUUCCUGUCCACCAACAUUCCAUUUUCCGUUCUUGAAUUGGGAGUAUAGUAACUGCUUUGGGAGGUGGUGGUUGGGCAUUCGGACCACGUGGCAUUCAGUCCAGCGGAGUUUAUGGUGUAGGAGCAUUGCUUCAAUGCUGGUGGUCUUUGCUUCUUCCAGCACACUGACAUUUCUCUCCUACCUGAGGUAGGGAAUGUUGCACAAUGGAUGGACAAAAAUGUUGCAUUGCUUCUCUACAUCUCUGGCCAAUAUUCUCCACUUCUGGGUCAAGCAAUUGUUUCUCAACAAAGGAAGGCAAAUAUGAUUUAAUAGGCAUCCUUGAAAUCUUGUGGGAGGAAUAUCAUGAUUGGAAUGUAGUAACAAAACUUUGAUCAAACAGGUGAGGAGGAGAAGGAGCAUUCCAUGUCAGGAAUGUGCGCACUUGGGAGAUUUAUAAUGUAAAGCAUACAAAAUAGAUUAAGAUCAUUUGGGUAAAAAAUUAAGAAGGAAACAACAAUGAUAUGGUGGGAGUUUCCUAAAGACCCCCACAAGGCAAACUGAAAACUGAGAUGCCUUCCUGGAACUAAUGACCCAACAUUCAAAAAGGAGAUAAAAUAGUAAUGGGAAAUCAACCAAAUGUUUAUUGGAAGCCAAACAUGGCCAAGAAUGUAAUGUCCAACAAAUUCUCCUCUUGCUUCACAGUUUAAUUGCCUAGAAGUUGGAAGACAACAAGGGGAUCAACUAUUUUGAAUGUGAUCCUAAAAAACAUGAUCUGGUCAAUGAAGAGGAAAUAGUGGAAUUCUUUGGAAUUUCUUAUACAGAGCAAAGGGUACACCAAAUGUAGUCACAGAUACAGUUUAGAUUUUAAGAAAGCUAAUAAGUUGCUUAGGGAAAUAUGGGGAUUUCUUAAAGGCAAGAUAUUGAAGUACACGUUCUAAACAAUUCCAAUGUAGAGGGAAAGUGUGAUGUCAGAAAAAACCAAGGAGGACGUACAAACACUUUUGCAUGAACUGAAAUUUAAAAGCUGUUAAAACAUGCACUAGUCAGUACUAUUAUGGAGCUUUGUAACUAUUUGAUCUACUGAAUACAAUAGGUGAUCAUCAGUGGUUGACUCUGGAAUAGAAGGCUUUGUCUUGAGCCUGGUGGUAUGCAACAUCUUCACAAAUAACUUGAAAAAUGGAACUGAAAGUAUGCUUAUCAGUUUUUCUGAUGACACCAAAUUAGGAGAGGACAGGGUUGGAAAUCAAAAUUAUUGGGAAAAUGAUCUAGAGGGGUUUUAGUAGAUCCCAAGCUAUACAUGAUUCAGCAGUGCAAUGUGUUAGCCAAACAGGACAAUAUAAAUCCAGACUGAAUCAAUAGGAAUAUAGUGUCUAAGUCAAGGGAAAUAAUAACAAUAACCUAUUCUGCUUUGGUAAGAUUUCACAUGGAAUAAUAUGCCCAACUCUGGACACCACCAUUCAGAAAGGAUAUUGACAAACAAGAAUAUGUCCAGAGGAGAACAACCAAAAUUGUAGAAGGUCUGGAAGACAAUCCCUAUGAGGAGUGUCUUAGGAGCUGGGUAUGUUUAGCUUGGAGUAGAGAUGAUUGAGAGGUGAUAAGAUAGCCAUAUUUAAAUAUGUGAAAGGAUGUUGUGUAGCAGAUGGAGUUUUUUCCGUUGCUCCAGAGAACACAAACAAAUACAUCAAAAAAAUUGAAGAAAAGAGACCCUACCUAAACAUUUGGAAGAACUUCAGAAACAGAAUAGACUGCCUCAGAGGCUUGUGGACUCUCCUUCUCUGGAGGUUUUUAUACAGAAAUUGGAUGGCUGUCUCUAAAGCAUGCUUUCGUUGUGUACUAUUCAUGCGUGGCAAGGGACUGAACGAAACGGUCCUUGCGGUCCCUUCCAAAGUUAUAACUGUAUUGUGCUUUAAAAUUCACAGAAGGGAAAUCUACCAAAGACUAAUAAUCUCGGUGACUAUGAGUGAUGUCCAAAAGCCUUUGGCUGGCCAUUGGCAGAACCAAAUGCCCAAUGAAUGAAGCUGAUCUAGCAGGGCUGCUAUGUUCAAAAGGGAGGCACAGCGACAGCCAAAGUUGAGAAGCCUUAACUGUUUGUACAUCACAUACCUAUUUUCUGGAAAACAAAGGAUAAUGGAGAUAAUUUCAUGUAUUUGAACCUUGGUUUAGCAUAAGAAUAGAUCUCAAGCCAGGAAAAUAUCUAGCUGAUAUGAUGCUCUGUGCUGCUUGGGGAGUCAUGUAGCAUAGGUGCAAUUAAUAUACUGAGAUUUUGAUCAACUGUAUAUCCAGUAUUUUAUUGGUCUUCUAGUACUUGGAUGCUUGAAAACCCAGGUAUUCCCUAUGUGAAGAAUUUCAGACAACCCUUACAGAAGUCUUUAGGGGAAGGAUGAUAGAUUGGCGAUAGUACUGUCUUGUGCACGUAUAGGUCCAAGCCACUGAAUUCAUUGAUGACAGGGCUAUGAAUGUUUUCUGGCUGUUUCAAAGACAUCUUCUGAAAACAUUGACUAUGGCCUCCAGGAGAACCUCCAGUGGAAAUGCACCUUGUAUAUUAAAAAGAAAUGAACAGACAUAGAAGAGUUGGCCACCUUUCCACUGUUGCCUAUUCUAAAUGAACAUCUCUAAAGGCAACUGUCAAUGUACGGAGCUCAUGCUUCAAAUCCCCGUCAAGUGAUGCUUUUGUCCAUAUUAAAUCAAAACCAAAACCCUCGUAUCAGCAGAGGCCGGGGCAUGUGGUUCUUGCCAGCUAAGCAUGAAUCGUUGCUGGUGUGUAUUGUUUGGCAGCCCCUAGGACCCCAAACGGGUCUCCCUGUCGCCGAGAUAUAUAUAUACAUACAUACUGUAUAUACAGCUUUCAUCAGUUCUGCAAAUCCCAUUGGGGAGUCGGCUUCAAUUUGAGCAUCGGGCAGAUCAUCAAAAAAAGUCAUGUCUCAGUAUUCAGGAAAAGUAAGUAACUUUAUUAUUAUUAUUUACAAAAAAAAGAACUCUCAAACUUUGCUUAGAUUUUAAAUGUUUUUUAAAGGAAACACUGUGAGAUGGAAAAUAAAAGCUUAAUGUGCCAGCGGGAGAUGGGAUGGCUUGACGGAGUAAGGCUUUAGAAACCCUGUAGACUUAUGUUGUCUUGAGGGUGGAGUCACCAUACAGACAGGGUGGUCUGAAGUAAGGGGACAUUCCCUUAACUGGUGACCUAAAGAGAAGAAUGAAGGGUGAAUGGAAACAUGGAAUAUACCCUAAUUAGUCCAAACAUAAAAUUUGAAACUUGGUGUUUACAAAAGGCCAAGAGGGAGUUUGCAUUAUGCACCACACACAGUGCUGUAAACUGGAGCUGAGCUGUAAUUUAUGCUCAAAGACACUAAUCCAGUUUCCUUUUUGGUCUCCCUCUCUCUGUCUCUCAUUGGAUGCAAAAUUAAAUCCAGCUGGCAGUAAAUGCCAUGUGCUUGGAAUCCCAAUGGGUACUGGGACUGGCAUUUUAUAGUAUCUUUCAUUCAUGGCAUAUCUUCCUUGCAGAUUGUUUUCUAUGAGGGCAAAUGCUUCACAGGCAGAAAGUUGGAGGUCUCUGGGCCCUGUGAUAACUUCCAGGAACGGGGCUUCACUAACCGCGUCAACGCCAUCUACGUACAAACCGGAGCUUGGGUCUGCUUCAGUCAUUCGGAUUUCCGAGGCCAGCAGUACAUCCUGGAGCGUGGAGAAUACCCCAGCUUCUAUCGUUGGAACGGGCACAAUGACCGGAUGGGAUCGUGCAAGCCAAUUGGAAUGCAUGGGGAGCAUUACCGAAUAAAAAUCUAUGAAGGGACAUAUUUCAGUGGCCGCAGCCAGGAAUUCACUGAAGACUGCUCUUUCUUGAGUAAGCAAGGCUGGUCCAAGGACUGGAUCAAUGCCAUCAAAGUCUAUGGGGAUGGAGCGUGGGUGUUAUAUGAGGAACCCAAUUACCGUGGCCAGAUGUAUGUUGUUGAAAGGGGGGACUACCGUAGUUGCAACGAGUGGCAGGCUCCCAGCGCCACCAUCCAGUCCAUCAGAAGAGUCAUCAACUAUUUUUAACCCACCGCCUGGUGAAAAACUAUAGUCCUGAACCUUCCUAAGCUCACCUUGGAAAUAAAGAUUUUAAAUCCUG